AUGUUCGACGACGACGAGGACAUUGACGAGACCGCAGCACUCGUACCCCCAGAUCCUACCUGGCAAGCCAUCUUCCACGCAUCCAACCAAGUCGUACUCUACAAUCCCACUAGUCAUGCUCUGGCUAUCCGACAGUCCUCGCAAGCUCGUCCGAGAUCUGGCUGUCCGUAUUGCAAGAGACCGCUGCCACCAGAGUCCCAGGAUGAACCGGACCCCGAGUUUCAUUCUCGUGCAUCGAAUUAUUUUCACUUGCUGUCCAUCGUGAAUGAUACAUGGUCGAGGCCGUCAACGCCGCCGCCUAUGGAGGCUGACGACGGUGCCAGCGGUUUCUCUGCAGAGGCCCUUGCAAAUGGAUAUUUCAAGGCCUUCUUUACCGAAGAGAGCAAGCUAGGGAUGGGCGCAAAUGGAAGCGUAUACCUUUGUCAGCAUGUCCUGGACGGAAAUCCACUAGGUCAUUUUGCCGUCAAAAAAGUUGCAGUCGGGCAAUCUCACUCGUACCUGUUAAAUAUCCUUCGUGAAGUUCGCCUACUUGAGCGGCUUCAUCAUCCCAAUAUCAUAACGUACCACCACUCCUGGCUCGAAAGCGCUCAAUUCUCUUCGUUCGGUCCCCGGGUUCCCACGUUACACAUUCUCAUGCAAUGGGCUGAAGGUGGAAGCCUCGACGACUUUAUCGAUGAGCGUCUUGGACGCGAGACUCGACACAUCCACAUCAACCCCAAUGGCGCCUUGAAUGGUAAUGGUGCAACGUCAAACAUUAACUCGCGUUCAGCAAGGAUUCGUGCAUACAGGGCAUUCCAGCGCGCCUCACCAGAGGAAAAGGAGCAGCUCAGACAACGUAUGAAUGGACAAGCGCGUCAGGGGACGCAAACGUGGACUGCAGUGCAUCUCCUCAGUCCAGAGGAAGUAAAAAGCAUCUUUACAGACGUCGUAGAGGGAUUGUCUUUUCUGCAUGACAAGUCUAUAUUGCACCUGGACCUCAAGCCUGGCAACGUGCUACUAACAUGGGAUGAAGGAAAGCUAAUACCGCGAGCCAUGUUAUCUGACUUUGGUACGUCCCGCGACAUGGUGAACACGUCCCAAGUACGCUCGGGAAAUACUGGAACGUGGGUCCAGCUCGUUAUGGAGCUAUUCAUCACUAAAAGAACCCUCAGACUGGAAUAUACGUCUCCUGAAUCCUUGCCAUCGCCUCAGACGGGUCUUCUCCGCCAGGUAGACUCGAAAUCCGAUAUGUGGUCACUUGGCAUGAUCCUACACAAGCUACUCUUCUUCAAAUUACCCUAUCAUUACGCUGCGGCUGGCGAUGCGAGCGAGACAAUGCUGAAUUCUCUUGCAGAAGGUGACAAAAUGGAUCGGCUGGAGCAAGAAGUGUUGAACUAUCCAGGAUUCAAAAGAACAGCAGCGCAGGUUGCGGCAUUCGAGGGCCGCAAGCUAUCACGAGCGUACACUGUUCUGCUAGAAACACUGCUGAAUCCCAAUCCAUCUGCACGGCCGUCCUGCGAGCGGGUUCUGACUGCAAUUCGAGAAGGCGGACUGGAUGCAGUCAAAGAGCCGCGGCGUACACGGACAGCAUCGACGUCUUUGAUGCAGAUGGUACGAAGACCAAGUCCGGAACCUACCGCGGAAGAGACGACGAACGUUGUCGGCGAAGCUGCAGUCCUGAAUAGCGAAGGCGAAGAGGAAAAAGUGCCUCUACUGGGUCUACCUGCGCCAGAUGAUGGGCAUGACGAGGCAGCACCGGCGAUGACGGUGGUGCCAAUAAAGCGGCUGAAAAUGACGCUUUUCGUGAGGUCAGCCAAGUCGUGCAUCCUCGUCGCCAAGGUGCUGGAUGUUGCGACUAUGUGCCCCGAUGGGCACUUGCGGACUGGGCUGUCUAUCAUUGUAUUGAUUCUUGCCGUGGUAGAUACAUGGUUUGAAGGGCUGUGGGUAUCGAUCGUAUUUGGAAUGCUUCACAUAUUGGUUGUUAAAUUAGGACGCAGUAGUGACAUAUGUUGUAAUGUGUAG